AUGAGUUUUUAUGUUGAUAGUUACAAAUUGUUUCUAAUAUUCUGCAAUUGUCUCUAUUUAAAACCUGAAGAUGAAUCCAUAGAAGAUUAUAAAAGAUAUCGUUAUAAAUUUACUUUAGAGUGUCUGCAAAAAUAUUUUCCAACUGCCGAACUAAACCCUGAAUUUGAUACUCCAUCUCCUGCUAUAACCGUAAAAUCUGCAAAAGCAUAUAUAAAAACAUCACCAAAUAAUACACAACUUGGACCUCGGCCAUUAAGUGAGGAGUUUAUAGAUGAUAUAAUUCAAAUUUUAGCAGAAUCAGCACCAAAAACAAAAAGAAAUUUACUCCCUUGUAGAUUCCCAGAUUGCUCCGUUUCCAUAUCAAACAAAUCUAAUCUAAAACGACAUCUAGCUUUACAUUUUAAAGAAAUCCUUCCUCAAACAAUGAUUUUUCUAUGCUCAAAAAAUCACCAUGAUAAUAGUAAUAAUAGUGAUAGUGAUAAUAGUGAUUGA